AUGACAAACACCAUGUUACCACUCAACAAGACAGAAUGUUUGGAAUGGCAUAAUAUAUAUCGAGCAAUUCACCAGGUAAAAAAAAUAAUGCAAAUAUGGAUUUUUGGAGCAUAUUAUAGUGUGCGUUUUUAAGGCGUAUUUAUAGGUUACGGAAAAAUGUAAAAGUUCCAAAACUUCUAAUAGUCAACUAAUUUUAAUUGAACUUCUGUUUUCAAGUGUAGAUCUUGGAAAAAAAUCUAUGAAAAACUACUUUAAAAAACGCAUUACCAAAGUGAUAUAACUUUUUAUGAUAUAUGCGUUAAUAAUGCGUGAACAACGCGUCGUGUAGCUAUAUGUACAAAAAUAAUCUUCUGUCAGCAAGUCAAAGAUAAAACACCAAAGCGUUUUGGUUUUAAGUAACAGUUCGCCUUGAUUUUAGAUAAAUAUAUGACAAGAUGACGUGUAAAGUAACAAAAGGCAGUACGCCCGAAAAGCGCCUUUCGCGUGCACCUUCUGCAAUGCAGGCUAAGAGAUAUUUAGCACUGGUUUAGCGUCUCUUAGAAAAAAAAUAUAGCUAUAUUCUUAGCCGCCCGAGACAAUUGCGCGGCUGUUUUCGCAGGCUACUAUAAUGCAGUACCCCGAGCUAAUAGGAAUUUAUUGACCAAGACAGAAAAUUACAAGGCUAUUUCUAUCUCCAAAGGCAUCUAGUUUGAACUGGUCUGACACUCUAGCUGACCAUGCACAGGUGUGGGCCGAUGAUUUGGCAAACAGAGAUGCAUUUGAGCAUGACAGCAGCAGAGGUCUUGAAGGAGAGAAUCUUUAUAAGAGCAGCCAUGACAGCAAAACUGCGUGUAAAAGUGGAACUUACGCAUUUUAUAAAGAGGAGAAGUUCUACGAUUAUGACAACCCUGGCUUUUCACUGGCCGUUGGACACUUUACUCAGGUACUUUGAAAACUGGCUGCAGAACAAAAUACCAUUUCAUUGCAACCAUAAAGUAGGAGCAAAGAGGAAAGAGUAUGUGCAGCAGGUUGAAUACACAUGCAGGACUGUUAGAAUUUAUAUAUUUCAAAUGUGAGGUGGUGUUCAAUAGUAAGUUAACUUCGUCAUAGAUAGCAGGAUGUUACUAUGAAUCAGGCAUAGAAAAUACAUUUCUCUUUCUGGCAGCAAAAUACAAAAAUAAAAACUUCCUGUGCAAGUGAAAAAUAAGACUUUGUGCAUGUGUAGACUUCAGAGAAUAUAUGGUGCCGUACACUGUCAUGCAAUCUCGACACGUCAAGACAAUCAUGACUUGCAAAAUGCUUUUGGAAUUUUAAAAAAAUAAGUAAAUUAUAUGGCAUUCCAGUAUAUAAGUAGUAUAUAAGUAGACUUGCAUCAAGUCCAUCUCUCUAGAGUCUAGCAGCAUGCUCGAUCCCUCGGACUCUGGAGAAACAGACUUGAUCCAAGUCUAGUAUAUUAUAUAAGAUGAUGAAACUUUUGGUGUAAGAAAAUUUCCUGCCAAGGUAUUUUGUUAAAAUUUCCUUGCAGCGUUGCUGCCGGACAUUUUACAGCACUGCUACGAAUGUUUCUUAUAAACCUUUUUCUUUACAUAGGUAGUGUGGUUAGACACAAAAGAACUUGGUGUGGCUAAAGCAAACACUUCCAGUGGAGCUGUUAUAUUGGUAUAUAGAUACGCACCAUCUGGAAACUAUCUGGGAGAGUUUGCUGAGAAUGUUAAACCACCUCUUGGAGAUGCUUUUACAUACACUGCCUCACUACUAGUCUGUUUAGUGCUUGGUAUUAGCUCCAUGAUUUUGGGACUCACUAUACUUUAA